UGAUCUACAGUGCAGUUAAAAGUCCUCCAAGACAAGACAACAAAUAAUCAUUACAUGUCUGUGUUGUGCCACCAAGAACUGUGCUACAAUAAACCAAACAUGGAAGGCUGGGGAGAGAUUUACGUUGCAAUUGUCAAAGGACCUAAGUGAUUUAGGCGCAUUUUCCUUUGAAAGUCAAUGGGACUUGUGCGCUGAACUCAUGUGGGUUUGUUUAUUUACAUCAUCCAUAUUCUGGACAUUGAAUUAUUCUGAAUUAUUAUUUACAUCCCUGUGCCACUAUAAUGCAGAGAAAAUCUACAAGAAAUGCUGUACUCUCUGCAGAGCCUUUGACCCACCCAUCAACACAGCACAUCCUCCUCGGAGGCGUUCCUCACUGGAAAUGACCAAGACACUGUACCCAGUUACUGCAGCAGUGCACUCAGCAUCAGCCUUUGGGCCAGUGUGUCAGGAUUUUGUCCUACUAUCUUUAUGAACAUGAUCUUUGCCAAGUAUCUGGUUUUAUCUUCCUUAGUGCUAGGAGUGCAGUUAUUUCUGUACCAGACUCAGCGGAUCCAGUUUGUUGAAGUUAAUGACACUGCAAAGAUCCACUGUUCUUCCAAAGAAAACUUGGAAGGAGGAAGUAGAAUAUUUUGGUAUUUGAGAAGAGAAGGCGAGACACCCACAUGUAUUAAGAGCUGUUUGGAUAAUCAAAAUGUAAGUAAAUUUGCUUGCAAACAUGAGAGACGCAGCUCAACACUGGAAAUCAGCAACAUCGAAAAGACUGAGUCUGGCAUUUACUACUGUGCAUAUAAAUACAGCAGCUACCUGCUUUUCGGGAAUGGAUCCACACUGAUUGUUGGAGACAGUUAUACCAACAGUAGCUGGGUGAUGCUUCUGGUCCCAUUUCCACAUGGCAGUCAAGUCACUGGGGCAGCGAAUCUGGCUUGUGUGAUCCAUGGAGUGUCCAGCCCAGUCUAUGUUUCCUGGAGUGUUUCGGGGGAGCUGCAGGAACAGGGGCUGAUGCGCUCAUUGAAAGCAAAGGAUGGAUCUUUAACGCUCAUAAAUCACAUCAGCGUCCCCAUGGACACCUGGAUCAGUGGGAAGAAUUUCACCUGUGAAGUCAAAUUCAACUCUUCCGGCAACACUGUGAAGAAAAGUACCAGGUAUUCUGUAGCCCCUGCCAGCGAGUGCUCAUAUUACAUUGUGUGUCUUGCGGCUGUUGCUGGUCUGCUGCUGCUGUUGGUGUCUCUGAGCCUCGUCUGGACCCUCUGCCGUUCCACGCUAGGACUCAAGCCCAGGAUCUCAGCACCCCCAGCUUCAGAGGAGCACCAGGGUGGAAUCUUAUACGCUCAGCUGGAUUUAGAUUCGCGGAAUCGCAAUGGGCGCACGAUGCAGCGAUCGGCCAAAGGAAAACGUGUAAAAGCCUGAACUGUCUAGUGCAGGGGAAUCCACAAAUGGGAACUGAUGUCUGGUUCUCUGCUGAUCGGACGUAGCAGCUGGAAGAAGGCUCUGUCUGUCUCCGUCUCCUUUCUUUUUGUAUUUUCUCCACUUCUCUCUUUCGAAUAAAAAGCUCAGAAGAU